CACGGUAACGCACUCAACAAGUCACGUGAUAAGAUGCACGGAUUGAUGGUCUCAGACGCGGAGGCAACUGAGAUUCGUCCUCCGCCACCCGGAUUGAGGCGAGUCACUACACCACCACAAGGACCUAGAGCGCAUUGGGAAUUGGGCAUUCCAGACUGGGGAGGAAAAAAAAAUAUGAGUCUGGAAUCGAUUCUUGGAAUCGGAAUCUGAGUUGAUUCCAAAACUUCUGGAAUCGAACAGCCAUUGAGAACCAAUAACAUCAAACCUGACAAAUAGCUUAAAUGUGUUUUGUUUUAACAUUAUUGUUCUGGUUCUUUUUUGAACUUUUGGAAAGUUAUAGUCCCCGUCCACCCCAGCACAGGACAUGAGGUGUAUGGAACACUUUUAUCUUGUGUGUGUGUGUGUGUGUGUGCGCUUUUUGUCCUUUUAAGAGUUUGACAUCUGUAGUCCCCAUCCACUUUCAUUGCACAGGGGUGAGAAUCUAACUUGGAUUUGUUUCUGCCUCAAAUAUCUUGUUCCACAAAAGAAAGAAAAUCAAAUGUGUUUUGAACAACACGAUGGUGAGUAAAUAAUGAUUUUUUUUGUUUGUUUUUUGCAUGAACUAUUCCUUUUUUGCUGUCUUUUAAGAAGAGCUUUGUGUCUAUGAGUCUGGCAGGAGAUGGAUUAUCGACUGUAACGUCACAUCUCGCCGGUGGGGUGUUUAUUUUUAACCGGAUUUACUUGGUGGAGCCGGACAGUCUCUCAGCGGGAGAUCCGAGCAGAACGGGCUUUAACGGAGCUGCAGAAGUCAUUAACUGAUCGUUGAAUCACAGUAUGUCUCUGAAGAACACGUUUCAGGUGGUGAACAUCCCCUGGAGGAACAAUAACUUCAGUGUGAUGAGCGACCCGCCGCUGUCCGAUCAGGGAGAGACCAUCAUCGGGAUUUACCUGCUGCUGCUCGGUUGGUUGUCGUGGUUUGGCAACAGUAUCGUGAUCUUCAUCCUGUUCAAACAGAGAUGUUCUCUCCAGCCCACUGAUUAUCUGACGCUGAAUCUCGCUGUAUCAGACGCCAGCAUCUCUGUCUUCGGAUAUUCCAGAGGAAUCCUUGAGAUCUUCAAUGUGUUCAAGGAUAACGGAUACCUCAUCACAUCGGUGUGGACGUGCCAGAUUGACGGUUUCUUUACGUUGGUUUUUGGUCUCGGCAGCAUCAACACACUGACUGUCAUCAGUAUCACCAGAUACAUCAGAGGAUGUCACCCGAAUAAAGCACACUGUAUAACCAACGCCACGGUGUUGAUAUGCAUUAUUUUCAUCUGGAUUGGAGCGUUAUUCUGGUCCGGCGCACCCAUCCUCGGCUGGGGCAGUUACACAGAUCGAGGAUACGGCACCUGUGAGAUCGACUGGGUGAAAGCCAAUUAUUCCACCAUCCACAAGUCCUACAUCAUCUCCAUCCUGAUCUUCUGCUUCUUCAUACCAGUGAUGAUCAUGCUGUUCUCUUACAUAUCAAUUAUAAACACGGUGAAACAAGGUAAUGCCAUGUCUGCAGAGGGCGACCUGACGGACAGACAGAGGAAAAUCGAGAGGGAUGUCACAAUUGUCUCUAUUGUGAUCUGCACGGCUUUCAUUCUCGCCUGGUCACCGUACGCUGUGGUGUCCAUGUGGUCUGCGUGGGGUUUCCACGUGCCGAAUCUCACCAGCAUCUUCACGCGACUCUUCGCCAAAUCCGCGAGCUUCUACAACCCGCUCAUUUAUUUCGGCCUCAGCUCAAAGUUCCGCAAAGACGUGAGCGUGCUGUUGCCCUGCGGCGGUGACGGCAAAGACACCGUCAAACUGAAACGCUUCAAAAAGAUCAAGGGGAAGGCAGACGCAGCGUCGCCCGGCGCUCCACGGCAACGCCUCAGAGCGGACGGCGAGGAAAACCACGAACCCCAGUUACAAAAGAAUGAGAAAAAGUACAAGCCGGGACAGGAGCCGCCAAACCCCGCCCCCAGCCCGGAUUCAGGGGUGGGCAUUCAUCAUGAAACUCCGCCCCCUGCCAACAAACGGGUGUUUUUCAUCAAUGUACCCGAACCAUCAGAAACACCCGAGUCCGAAUGCAUCAGACUGUAGAUUAUGAGCCAUAAUGUUAUAAUUGUAUUCGUUUGAUUUUUAUAUUUAAGUUUACUUUGCAAAAUGUCACGCGAUGAUUAGCAGCUUAAAAAACUAUUUUUGUAAAUGAUGGAGGUAAAUGUGAACUAUUGUAUGUUUUCUAACCAAACAGUGUACAUCAAUAUUAAUAAAGACACUUUUGUGUUUAU